AUGCCCAGCGAGGACCUCCCCAUUGACUUCAGCAACCCGGCCGUCCGGGAUUAUAUGUCCUUGAUUCGGUUGCAAGUUUUGACUCCGCUGUCGCUUCUCAUCAACAUUGUGACUGUUGCGAUAUGUUCGCUCGUCAUCACCCCGGGCGUCGGCGAAAUAACGAAAUGGCAUCCCGCGGCGCUGUCACCGCACACUUGGGUCAUCGGCAUCUACAUACUUGCUAUUUACAUCUUGCAAGUCGGUUACUGCGUCAUACUCGUGUUUGUGCGCAAACCUGAGACCAAGGCGACGGUAGUGAAGGGCGUUGGGCUUGCACUGGUACUAUCGAAUUGGGUCAUGGCUUUCUGGUCUAUUGCAUGGGUAUUGCAAGGCUUCAUCAUAUCUACGAUACUUCUCGGCCUUCUCGUCCUCAUCUUAUUUUACGCCAACCUUGUCCUCAUCAUCUAUCACGAGCCGACAUUCAAGCGUCCUCUGGAUAUAGCGUUCAUUCAUGCGCCCAUCCGUCUCUUCUUCAUCCUACCCUUCGGUGUGCUGUUCUGGUACUCUCUUUCGAUCGCUCUCGGAGUUGGUCAGGAUCCCGCUCACCGCGACAACUACACUAUCUGGCAAUGGCCGGCAUUUGGCAUCCUCUUAGGGGUCAACGCCGUCGGGAUGCUCAUCAUCGCCGUCCGGCGCGAUAUCGUCUGGACCGUGGGUGCAGCAUGGAUCAACGUCUCGCUGUGGUCCACGAGCUACAAGCCCACACCUGUCUUUAUCACUGCAAUCAUCUUCACGAUUUUGCACCCUAUCACCCUCGUCGUGUCGACACUCUACCAUACGUUCUUCAAGAAGCAGCGUGAGGGCAGGAUACGGCUUGAGGAGGAAGAUGAUGUUUUGCGUGCGCAGCUUCGAGCGGAGCAGAAUGGUAGCAAUGAAGUGGGAGCUGAUUGGAAUUGA